GGGUGAGGGAGGGGUGUACAUUGGAUUGUGUGUGUCUUUGUAAGGGGGUGUUGGUAUCCUUCCUAUCAUGGUGUCACAUGCCCGCCGCCGCAGACAGAGCAGAACAAAAACACAGAUGGAGAGACCUCGACUAAGGACGCGCACUUUACCCUCUUUUCCUCUCAACUCUCCUGUCUUUUCCCAUCACUUCCUGCUCUUUGCUUUCAACAACCUCUUAUCCUCUUCUCCAACUAAUGUCUGAUUCUCUUUCUGUCAAACGUUCUUUAGUGCAGCUCGUCGGCUACAUCUUCUUUGACAGCACUUUCUGCUUUUAAUGUUUCCUCCUCUUACUUCCCUCUCACUGCUGCUUCCUGACUAAGCUUUUUCUCACCAAUUAAUCCUCCUUUUGACUGUUCCUCUCCAAUCUCUAAUCCUCUCACCCCUUAUCUUUUGGAUGGAUAGCUACUCCCUCCUCUACAGUUCGUCCCACAGAACCGGGCUUCUCUCCGGCUUCCAGCGCCUGCGCUCUCAGGGAAACAUGUGCGAUGUUGUCCUGGAGGUCGGCGGUGUGUCUUUCCCUUGUCAUCGCGCCCUUCUGGCAAGCUCCAGCGAGUAUUUUUGGGCUCUGUUUGGAGAGACUACCGCAGAGAGAUUAGCGGCCUCCAUUAGCCUCCCGGCUCUAACACCUGAGGGUUUAGACGCCAUUCUGGACUUCCUGUAUUCCGGUUGGCUCAACAUAUCAUCGCCUACACUUCCUGUCCUGUUAGAGGCAGCCAGGUACUUGCAGGUGGAGACAGCCGUGUCAAUAUGUGAGCGCUUCAUGACUGAUGGUUUAAAUGCAGAUAAUUGCUGUUGUUAUGCUAACCUGGCCGAGUGUCACACCUUGUCAGAUGCCCUUGAAGCUGCCAAUCAAACCAUUGCUGUGGAGAUGGGGACGCUGUUGCAGGAAAGCAGGGAUGACCUUCUCGGGCUAAAUAUGCAAUCACUGAUGGCGGUGCUCGAUGCCGACGAGAUACCUGGUGUCAAGGAGGUGGAGCUCAUAAAGCUGGCUCUGCAUUGGCUGGAUGAGAAUGGGCCCCUCCCUCUCCUGAAAUCAAAUCUCCUGCUGAGUCAUCUGCGCUUCGGAUUGGUGGCCCCCUCUGACCUCACCGAUCUCAGCCACGCCCACAGAGCCAUGGCCACACCUCUCAUCAGAAGCCAGCUGACACGGGCGUUGGAGUACCACAGGCUGGGCUCAGCUCAGCCAAUCAGACAGAGCAAACAGUCGACGCUCAGGGCGUCGCCCAAUCGCGUGCUGCUUGUGGGUGGAGGAUCCCGCCCUGAUUGGCCGGAGCAGCAGAUGCUGGCGUUUGAUCCUAGAAGCAGGAAGUUUUCAUCUCUGAGCUCCGGCAUCCCGCUGCGACUGAGAAAUCCCUGCGUGUGCUCGGUGGGGGGUUUCCUCUUCGUGAUCGGCGGAGGGGAAGUGAACGAGGGAGGCGAGGAUGGGAAGAAGUCUGUCACUGUGGCGACAUCCAAGAAGGUGUGGCGCUACGAUCCCCGCUUCGACCGCUGGGAGACGAUGGAGUCCAUGCUGGAGGGGCGGGAGCAGUUCACCUGCUGCGUGGUGGAGGAUGCUAUUUACGCCAUCGGGGGACGACACACGCGACCAGACGACGACACACACACAUCUAUAGCUUCUGUUGAGUUUUACGACAUGGCCACAGGAUCGUGGAGGAGAGGAGCGAAGAUGCCUCGCCCCCUUUACGGCCACGCUUCUGCUGUGCUUGACAAAGGCAUCUAUGUGUCAGGCGGACGUUCGAGCAACCAGGGCGGCAGUAACCGUGUUGAUAACCAGGAUGACCGCAGAGAGAGCAGCAGAGAAGUCCUGUUCUGGGACCUCAAAGGCAGAGUGUGGGAGAAGCGAGCGUCCAUGACCAUCGGCAGGUUCAGCCACCGCCUGGCGAUGGCCCACGGUUUCAUCUACGCCCUGUUGGGAAUGUACGAGCCUUUCUGCGACAUCGAGCAGUACGAUUCGCAGUCAGACCACUGGACCCGCCUCCGACCGCUUCUCACUGGCUCCUUCGACUACGGGAUGGCGUCGACGCCAUCCGGGAAUCUGCUGGUGUUUGGCGGGAGGAGGUGGAGCGACGGACAGGAGGUGAUAGUGAAGAGUGUGAUGGAGUACGAUACAAAGACGGAUCGCUGGAGAGAGAUCUGUCAGCUCCCCAGACCUCUCACUGGGACUGAGUGCACACUGCUGCCUCUUCCAGACUAAAGUGCACAUAACGAAAGAAAACCUUUACAUGAGAGUGGAACAAUUUCACUUUUAGUUGCAACAUAGUCUCAAAAUGAUGAGAACUGAGCACACGUUUUACACAACGUCAAUACAUUUAUAAGGCACUGAAACCACAAUCUCUAGUCUUGUCUCACUAGAGGAGAACAGAUGUGUACUAUCACAGGAUAUUUAGAAAAAUAACAAUAAAACAAGUGAAAUGUUCUUACUCGAUUACUACUUACAGAAACCGUUUGACAUUUUGGGGAAUAAGCAUCCUUUCUCGCUGAGAAUUAGACAAUACGAUUGAUAACAAUCUAAUAACAAGGUAAAACCAGAAGACAAUUAGCUUAGCAUUAUUAGCUUAGCAGGAUUUUAACACUUUGGUUUUUGUAUAGAUGAUACAAAAUACAUAUAUCACUCGAAUAUAUAUACAUAUAUAUUCUCGUCUUACUCGUCCUUGACCGAACCUAAGCUGCUCGUAACCUUUUGUAAAACAUUUUAAUAAAACAAUCAAGAUCGUGUUAUGAGCUUUAGAGUUGUUUUUAUGCUGAUUUGUUACUUUUGGUCAUAUGCUAGCUAUUUCCCCCUGCUUCAAGUCUUUAUGCUAAGCUAAGCUACUCUUUCACUACAUAUAGGAGUUUGACAUUUAAGGAUGUACACUUUCUCUUAUCAGAGUUAGAUGAGUAAGAUCCUCACCACAUCUCAUGUCUGUACGCUAAAUAUGAUUAACCAGGAGACGGUUAGAGCUUUGCAUAAAUGUGACCUCCCGUAAAAUCAGAACUUGUCUUUUUAACAAUUCAGUUUUGUGUACAGAUUAAACAAACAUAAAACCUGUUUAUUAAUGAGGUGUUUGGAUACAUUUUUUCCCUUAUGACAAAACUAGCUAGCUGUUUCCCUUUUUUAGUUUGCUACUGAGCUAAGCUAACACACUUUUGCUUCUUUUGAGUGGUAGAAAUUUACACAUGAACUCUUGGCGAGGAGGUAAAUAAGCAUAGAUCCUACGAGGUUGAAUGAUUCAUUUAAAAAGAAAACAACAUGUCAAGACCUGUUAAAAAGGGGCAUUUGAUUGUGUUUUUGUUUUUGUUUUUCGAGUGCAUGACCAAGACCAAUCACUCACUGAAUUGAUCGAUUGCUGGAAAGAAAAAAGUGCAAUUUAACUCUUUGGCUUUGUCAUUUUAUCAUCGAUACUUUUAAGUAUUUAAUGGAUACAUUCAUCAAGAGCUAAUAACAAGCAACCUCUAGUAUGAAGUGAUAUAUAAGGUGUUUUGUCAAUAUUCCUGUGACCAAUUGUGACAAUGUUCCAAGAGGAGGAAUAAAUCAAGAGCCAAGGAGGGAGAUAAAGGGGAUUUUGAGAACAAGUAGAUGAGAGGUAAGGAGAUUUAGUAGGACGAAGGUAAGUCCUUAACAAAUGUGUUUUCGGGAGGAGGUUGAGCCAGGCUGCGGAGGAGGCUAUCGCCACAUAAGAGGGAACAGAGAAGAAGGAGAUAAGGUGAAGGUGGAGGAGGAACAACAGCUAAACUAAGCUGAAUAUUUUAUGGAAGAUGAAAAUUUGAUGCAUGUGACAUUCCUGUCUAUUUACAAGCGAUGAAUAAUUUAAGUUUUCUAUAAGAUAGAUAUAGAAAUAAAAGCAAACUGAGGACAUCGAUGGUGUUAGUCUUAUGUUCUUGUUUUCCAUCUGUACUGACAACCAAAUGGACAAAGUAGUAGGUGCAGCGUAAAAAAAUGCAUUUGCAGGAAAUCAUUUGCAUGUUUUGUGAAUAAUAGCUACGUAACCUGCUUGAGUUCAUUAUUCAUGAAUGUAUGUGAGCUACAAUGAAAUAUUGUUAGCUAAACAUUUUAAGGGAAUUUUGGAAAUUUUGCCGUUUCAAUACAGCGUUUUUAAUGCGAUACUGCAAAAAAUGUGUAUAAAAUAUGGGAAUGGAAUCACGGCCAUAGUCAGUUGGUCUCAUCUGAAAUGGUUUCAGAUGAGUCGUACUGCAGGAGAGUCGUAGCUCUCGCUCAGUUGUGAUAGUAGGUAUAAGGUGGCAGGGAAUAUAAUUGGUCAACUGGGAAAAGGAGCAGAGUUGAGUUUCUAAACCAGAGGAUCUCCGCUGGUUUGUCAUGGACUCUCUCUCUCUUUGUCCCUUGUUGAUAGCGACGGUACAGCAGCUGUUACCGGCGCUCAUCACAUCCUCCUUCUCACCGUCCACCGCAGCGAAAACAAACCACAAAUACACCUCAAUCCAAAUGACCACACUUUAUUUAUCCACUCUUCUCCUUCCGACAGCAACAUGUACAAUGAUAAAUAAAUACUUAUUAUUUUACCAUCAUUUAUAGAUUGGACAUUAAACAAUCUUUACUCAACGGUCCCCAAAAAUAACCUGAUAUAAUUAGAGAACAUUAUCCAAGACACUUAGUUUGCACUCUAUAAAGAGAGCUCUACCGUAUCUCGAGAUUUCAAACACAAAAACAGAAAAGGAAUACUGUGUUUAUCUACAAUACAGACAUGCUACUACAACCACGGGCAGCAGCAUAGAAAGAGCAUUCAAACUGUGUGAUGUGCGUGUUUAUUGGCAUGCGUGCAGGUCUUUGUGUAUCUGUGUGCACGAUUGCUCAUAGUUGUGUGCAGCGUCUCUGAAGCCAUUUGGCAGCAGCGUACAAAUAACAAACUAAUAUUCUUUUUAUUAGAUCCAUAUUUCAAUUCCUAUGCAAAUGUUUCCUCAUAUUCUCUAUGAUGCAUGCAGGAUACAGAGAGCCAAACGGUCUCUGAGGAAAAAUCCACUCUUAGAAACUUUUACACAGUUAUUAGAUAUAAGUUUCAGGAGUUAUUUGGUGAUUUUCCUUUCUUAUUACUUUAAUUAGAGAUUUAUUUUCUAUGAGGACCGAAACAAUCCUUGUUGUUUUCAAGUGCUAAAGCCUCUGAACACCCACUCAUGUGUUUUCACUUGAUUAGACCUCUGUUUAGGUUGAAGGUGGGCUGGAGCUUUGAUGGGAAUUCACAAGCUCACAAAUCUACCAAUAAGAAUGAUAGAGGUGUAAUGUGUCCCGUCCUAACUGGUGCAGCAAAGCUGUAAGGGGAAACUCAGGAAGAUGACAAUCAAAUACGGUCACGCCCACACAGAGAAGAGGUCUAAUCCACCAGAUUAACUGAAAAAAAUCAGAGUGGGUGCUCAAAGCCUUUAAAGGGAGGUUGACCGUUAAAGCCACGG